UCACUUAAAGAUGGCUUCUGAGGCUUCCUUGCCCACCAGAAAGAUGGCGGGCCCCGCUCCGGCUCAAUGGCAUACCAUCGAUGACGGCGAAGUGGGGGGACGUGCGCCAAACUCCCAAGCACGCCUUCCCUUAUUCCGUGGUCCCGGGGCUGCGCCUCUAUGGUGGCCGCCGAAGUCUCUUUGGAAAGCUGAGGCUUAAGUGACGACUGCGCCAGAAUCCGGCUUCUCUCCCCGUUUCGACGCCCUCCUCCCCUCCCCCUCUUUGAGCAGGAUGGAAAAAAAGAAAAUUUCCAUGAAAUCCAGUGUUGCUGCCUCCAACCUCCUGAAGACAUUACAUUCGUUCUAUGAAUUUGGACAUUUUUGUGAUGUUACAAUAUACACAGACCAGCUGGGUAGCCAACAAGAAUUUUAUGUCCACAAAGCUGUUUUAGCAGCUUCUAGCAAUUACUUUAAAAGCAUUUUUCUCAAUAAUGAAAUGAAUAACGUCAAAAGCUGCACAGUGAUCCUCCAGGAUAUUCAUGCUGAAGAAUUUGUCUCAUUCCUGAAGUUUGUCUACACUGCAGAGUUAGAAAUUGAAGUGGACAGACUGCACCUGUUCAAGGAGAUCGCUAAGAGAUUUGAAUGCGAAGAUCUGCUUGAAAUUUUGGAAGAAAUGAAGGUUGUAGGUGGAAAAUUGGAACCAAAUGUUAUUUUGAAAAAAAGCAAAGGUGUUAGGUUGCCUGGGAAUCUAACAGAACUUGGAGGAGAAAAAGCACAGCGUGAUUCGUCUCGUGUUUUGGCUGCUGCAGUGAUGAAGAAGAAUCAUUUGGGGAAAAGAACGACCCAUUCAAAACCAACCACCAGUUUUGAUGAUAUUAAAAACAUAUGUGUAAACCCUAAUGAAGAUAGGAUUGCAAGUUGUAAUUCCAAAGAUGAGUCAGCAACGACGUCUGAGCAUAUCAGUGAGGUUGACUGUCCUUCAGUAAAUGAGGAGGACUUGAAGGAAACCCACAUUGCUUUAAGCAGGACAUUGCUUGACCAAAACGAUGAAAGUAGUUUGACGCCUUCUAAGGCCAAACUCAGAAAAUCAACCUGCAAUAUACCAAAAGCCUUGCCAAGAUCAUAUGCCUGUGACAAGUGUAAUUAUUUAUUCCAUUUCGCUGAGCAAUACCAAUCACACAUUGAACUGGAGCACAGCCCAAGCUUGGGAGUUAAGUAUAGCUGCAAUAUAUGUAGCCAACUCUUCCCCAGUUGUCACACUCUAAGGCAACACAGGCUCACUGUCCACAGCCGACAGGGGACUGUCCCUUGUUUGCUGUGUGAGAAAAAGUUUCAGUGCCAAAAGGAUGUCAAUGCUCAUAUGCGCACGGUGCAUGAAAAGAAGCAGCAUCCGCAACAGUGCCCCUACUGUGACAAAGUCAUCAGCUCCAAGGGCGGCCUGACAGUUCACAUACGAACCCACACAGGAGAGAAGCCUUAUAAGUGUCAGUGCUGCCCAGCCAGUUUUGCUCAGAGGUCAGCCUUUACCACUCACGUAAGAAAGAUACACGAAUCCAAGAAAGAUGGGAAAUGCAUGCCAGCUUAUUGGAAAAUAGUUCCGCCAGCAGAGAAAGUAGAUGCGAUAGAUAAUAGAAUCAACGCGAGUAAUAAAACACAACUCAAGGUGCCAAAUAAUGAUCUGCCAAAGGAAAUACUUGGCAAAGCUACUCAGGAGCCUGAGAGAAAAUCUAGUAGAUCUCUUCCAGAGGAAGCACAAUCUGACAAUCAAUCAAACAAGAAGCUGGAACUAGGUACUGAAAAUAAUGCUAAAAAGGAGGAAACUUGUAGACAAGGAACUGUGGAUGAGAAAGGAAAUGGAGAAAGAGUUUGUGAAGCCGGUUUAUGCAGCAAUAAAGACAAUGAAGCCGCCUCUUCAGAUGAUAAUUACAGUGAGGAUUUAAAUGUUCAUGAUACAGAAGACCCUGAAUGGGAUAUAAAUUGCAAAGUUAACAAAAACAAGGCCAUCCCGACAUCUGCUUACAUCAUAACUUGUACCAAAUGCACAGAGAAGUUUCCAUCACGAAGGAAAUACGUCAUCCACUGCAAAGAAAUUCAUCAUUCCUUGCCCGGGAAAGUAUAUCAGUGUGAUGUUUGCAGCAAAUCCUUUGCGAGUUACAACAGCUGGAAAGAGCACCAAGCCUGCGUGCACACAGAAGACAGGAAGUUUGCCUGCACCCUGUGCAAUGCCACUUUCAAAAGGAAGAGGGAUGUGAGGACACACUCUGUGAGGAAGCAUGAAGGUCGAGUGAAGCGUCCCCUCUGCUCCGUGUGUGGGAAAGUCCUGAGCUCCAGAACAGCGCUUGUCUUUCACAUGAGGACCCACACAGGAGAGAAGCCAUAUCAGUGUGGCAUUUGUAGCUCAAGGUUUGCUCAGCCAACACAGCUCAAGAUUCAUACCAGGUCACACACAGGUGAAAAGCCAUAUAUCUGUGAGGAGUGUGGGGCAUCUUUUGCUGAUAAAGGCAAACUUAACGGCCAUAAGAGGACACAUACAGGAGAACGCCUCUUCAGAUGUGAUGUGUGUGGAAAACAUUUUGCUACCAAUGAAUAUUUAAAAUGUCACAAGCGUUGUCACAUGGGAGCUAAACCAUACAAGUGCGAUGUAUGUGGGAAAACCUUUGGAUUGAGAGCUUCAUUAGCCCAACAUAGUAAUGUUCAUGCAGAGACUCCUCCUUAUUUCUGUGAGCAGUGUGGAAAGACGUUUACUCAGCAAGGAGCCCUAAGACGUCACCAGCGUAUUCACACUGGAGAAAAGCCGUACAAAUGCAGGGCUUGUGAGAAAACCUUCACAGAUAUGUCUACCCUGAGGAGGCACGUAUUGGUCCAUGAUCGGAAUGCUCAUUGGAGAAGUUUCUUAAUAGAUCUUACUAUCAAAAAGGAUCAUAACUGGUCCAAAAUAGAGGCUAUGUCUACUACUUGUGUGGAAGAGAAUUCUACGACAGUUUUGUCUGACUGCCAAGAGAAAUGCUACACUUCAGAAAACACAAAUGUAAAACAACUAGAACAGAUACCAGGCAGUAGUAAUGUGAAAGAAUCUGAACCUACCCUUAUGCUUUUAUAGCUAUCAACAAUUAAAGUUUAAUAUGGAUAUAAUCUUCUUAUAUUGUUUCAAUUCUUUGCCUAUAUAGGAAGAUUCUCCAAAUGGCUGUAGGAUCCACAAAUAGAUAUGGCAUCAGAUAUGGAAUGUUUUCUAAGUGAGCUCUUUCUCUUAGCUUAAAUGCUGAUGUUUUAAACAGCUUUUGAGGACCAGACAGACAUGCAAUAAAUAACAAUAAGUAGAAUUCUCUUUAAAAGAAGCAUCUUAUAAAAUAGGGACGGUCUUGUAUUGUGCUUAGAUGUAAAUGCAUAUUAAAUAAAAAUGGUAAAUGUUAAA